AUGAGCCACCAUCAGUCGUCAUACUUCGCUUUUAUUGGACUUGAAAAAUCGAGCGCACGUCCUAAGAUUUCUCGACAUUCCGGUUGAAUAGUCGCCCAUCAUUCCAUACUCCAAAUUCCGCCGAUACGUUUACGGCAGUCCUAGAGCCUCUAUUACUUUGUGUGGCGAUGUGUUUGGUCCCGUGUUUCCGUCUACGCCCAUCACCACCGACUCCAUGCUGAGCAGAUCUCUUCGUGGAACCGAAGCGAAUUUGUACAAUUUGGCCACCACUUCGUGGAGUCUUCACUAUCUCCGGCUGACGAAUCAACUCGUGUCGGACGUUUUGUACAGCGGAUUGAACGACAUGAACGUCCAAAUGGCGGAACUGAUGUGACUCUACCAUCACGACGGAUCGUUUCGCGCCCACACAAAUUCAAAUCCCAGCGUCUGGGUGACGGCUUGGGUGAUUAGAAUCUUGGGCCAGUCACAGUUUCAAGACUGGGAAAAUCAUUAUUAUGUUGUUGAGCAAUUGUUGACCAACUCCGUCAAGUGGAUCCUACAAUUUCAGCGUCGCGAUGGUUCGUUUGGAGAGACGGAAAAAUUACAUUUCCCCUCUUGAUAGGCGACUCUUGCCGCUGUAUAACUCGACAUUUAAGGGUGGCCAUACCGCCCAUGUACUUUUGUCACUCUGUGCCACCAGCGAAAGUCUCGACGGAGCUGUUAAAGUGGCCACCGCUUCCGCCAAAGUCCGUGCUGUUUGUUAUCUGGAACGAAUUUUAUAUAUUUUGACAGAUCAGUAUGAGUUAGCGAUUGUUACUUAUGCGUUGCAAAUCACCAGCAGUCCAGCCCAAGAGGCUGCCUUCGGUCGGCUGCACAUUUUACGACGAGAAGAAGAGGGGAUGGUGUACUGGUCGCGGGAGCCGGUUCCAUCCAAUAAAAUUCUCUACGAGAAUCAGCGGCCGUUCUUACAGCCACGUUUGCCCAUGCAACAAGACGCCGUGGCGGUAGAAGCGACGUCCUACGCCGUUCUCGUCUAUUUGGCUCGUGACGGCAUCGGCGAUCUGCAGGAGAGGGUCGUCUCUUGGCUCAACACGAUGCGCAUGGUCGACGGCGGUUUCGUUUCCAUCUACGACAGCAUUGUCGCCAUGGAAGCUCUAACGGAAUACGCUUACCGAGCCAGAUUACGUGACAUCACCGACAUGAGUGUCGUUGUGGAAGCAUCCGCAUCGCCAGAUGCUACGGAAUUGAUGCGGAUAAACAGCGACACUCUCGCCACUGUUCAUCGGAUGGAUAUUCCCAACGUCUGGGGCCACGUAAAUGUCAUCGGUCGUGGAGCCGGCCAGGCCGUUUUGCAGCUCAAAGUUCAAUACGGAAUCGACUGGGAGGAUUUAAGGGACACUCCGAAAAGACGCUACUUUGACUUGUACGUGGAAGAGACAUACAGUCACUUCCGGAAUAAAUCCCAUAUCACCGUCGAUGCUUGUGUCAAGUGGCUGGCGAUGGACGAAGCUCCAGUGAGUGGGUCAACCACUUUAGAAGUGGAACUACCAUCCGGUUAUAGGAUAGUCCAGUCCGAUGCAGAUCAAGUUCUUAUUCAUAAAAAUUACACCUUCCUUCGAGACGUCUUUGAUAGUGAGGAAAAAAUCGUUUGGACAUUCGAUAAAGUUGGUCCAGAGAGGCUUUGUUUCAACUAUCUCAUUCGCCGGUGGUUCCCAGUAGCCAAUGGGACAAUGUACCGGUCGGCCAUAGUCUACGAAUCUCAUUCCCCCUAGCAUUUUGAAAUGCAAGUGUUCAACGCUACUCCGCUCUACGUUUUAGAUAUUUGCGAAGUCUGCGGGAGCUAUCAGUGCCCAUACUGUCCCUAUUUCAGCGCGGCCCCAUUGGUCGUCAGCUUCAAUCCUAUUAUCGUGUUCUGUUCACUUUUGAUAUCCGCCAUUAUUUGCCUUAAGUCCCUUAACUGG